AUGUGUGACAAACGUCGCAGCACCCUAUUUUCUUUUGGAAAUGUUAAAAAAGUUAAAGGUAGGCAAAUCAUUCAGUUUACCUGUAAAUAUAAAUUUGUAAAGCAGUCGUUUAGAAUAGUUUUCAUCUUCAAUACUCAUGAUUUAUAUUUUAACCAACAUGUUUUCGAUAUUUGUGCUGGUGUUUUUGAGUUACUUUAGGCUUUUACACAGUCUAUUCUGUGUUCUUUUUCUACAAAAUAAAUAAAUUGAUACUUUUAUGUGUUCUAUCAUCGCAUGCAGCUAAGGAUGAACGGUUGCAGAUAAAACAUUGUCUUUUCUUAUGACAAAGUUCAAUGUUUUACUGAGAAACUGCAAUGUUUGUGAUGAUCAUUUGAUGGUUUCAAUUCGCUCAGCUAAUCAGCUUGGAGCUGGUUGAACGUGAUUGUCUCAUCUAAUUAAAACCUGUCAAGUGCUCUUGACAAACUUUGAAGAUUCUCACGCGAAAAUGCAAUGUUUUUAUGAGCGACUGUUUAUCCUUAGUUGCAAGCGACGGCACUGCUUAUUUGCGCUUCGCUAUUUUGGUUUCAUAGAAACUCUUUUAAGUUUUAAAAGUGUCUUAUACUGUACUGUCUUAGUAACUUACACUUAAAAUAACUAUUCACCAGCAAACGAAACCUCAGAACCAGAGGAAAAUGUAACUCAAGAUGAAACUGAAGAACAGUCACCAAAUGCUAUUUCCCAGUCGUUAUCUUCCCAGAUUCCUCUUCAGAAAGAACCUCGUGUUAUCCACGCUAAUCCAGCUGCGCAACCGGUGAAAACCAUUAAGUCAAACCCAGUUCCAAAGGACGAAGUGAAGUCGCUCCUAAAUUCGUCAUUUCGUAGUAAGGAAAGUUUGCAUAGCUUCUACUGCUGUGCAGACAAAAACUGCACAAACAUAAGUAAAGAAGAAACUGUGCGAAUCAAAGCCAAGGACAAGUUUCAACAUGCCUGGAUUUUCGACGGAAAACUUACCUACUGUGAUAAGACUGGUUAUCAUUGGCUUGUUUAUGAUGAUGUAGAAAGCAUGACACCACGAACCCUCAGAAUAAGACCAAAAAGUUCAACAUGGAUGCCUCGGUAAGAUACAAGUGUAAAACAGUCGAGGAACAUGCUCGUUCUGCACAGCAUAUGGCAUCAAUCGAGACUGAACUUCUUAGUAGAGUUUCAACCGGAGAGAACAAGUCGGAGAAGAUGUCUAUUAUAACGCCUUCCUUUCUUUGCAUUGGACUGCUAAACAAGAGCUUCCCAACUGCAAGUUUACACGUCUUCUUCAACUUCUGGAAAAACUUAAUCUCCCAGAUAUCGAAUUAUUUCAACAUCGAUCGGCAGGCUCGGUACGUGAAAUGUUUCUUCUUCUUGGACAAACAAUUAAAGAGAAAAUCCUAGAACGGGUAACACAAGCAAACUGCUUUAGUAUGCUUUGUGAUGAAGUUUCGGACAUGUCCAACAAACAGCAGCUAGUAAGUUUCAUUCAAUUUGUAGACCGUGAUUCUGGCAAGCCAGAGAUCGACUUUUUAGCAGUGGACGAUGUGUUGGAAGACUUCAAUUCUGCCAAUGCGGAAGCAAUUAAAAGCAUGAUAAAGAAGCAAUUCGAAGCUGGAUAUUCACAGCCUGUCGGGUCUUGCAACAGAUGGCGCUAGUGUCAUGACAGGGAAGAGAAAUGGCGUUGCUGCUCUCCUACGUAGAGAGUCCAAAUUGCUUCUCAAUGUGCAUUGUAUAUGUCACUGUCUUGCUCUUGCAUGUGGAGAUGCAAAUGACCAUGUUCAGUACAUCCAAACAGUUGAAAAAAUUUUGGUACAGCUUUGGUCGUUUUUCAAGAACUCAGCCAAGAAAAGUGCAUCAUAUGCCAAAGCCACUAUUGAGGCAAAGUCAAUAUCAGUAUCUAAUGCAGGGAAGAAAGUUCUAGUUAAAAAGUUCAAGAAGGCUUGCAGAACACGAUGGCUAUCCACAGAAAGAGCGAUCAACGGAUUAUUCCAGGACUUCGUUCCUCUAACUCAAACCUUGAGAGCGUACAAAGAAGAGAAUGAUUGUACUGCGAUUGAAACCACUGAAAGCAGUGGCAAACAUCAAGUGUCUUUCCACCGUGUAUCUUCUCCAUGA